CACAUUACUUGACGGCAUCAUGGCGACCAAAGGUGGAAAGACAGCUCCGGCUCAAAGUUCAGAGGAUGAAAAUGGUCUUUCCGUUGCUUAUCUUGUUGCUUACAAUGUUUGUCAGAUGAUAGGAUGGACCUUCUUAAUGAUUAAAUUGAUUCAUCACAUGGCCACAGAGUGGACUGUUGUGGGUUUAUAUGAUGAAGUUGCAACUUUCCUGAAUAUUUUUCAAACAGCUGCAGUAUUAGAAAUUCUCCAUUGUGCCCUAGGCUUGGUCAGAUCCAAUGUUGUAUUGACAGCUUUCCAGGUGUUUUCUAGGGUAUUCCUGACUUGGGCAAUUACAUAUAGUGUGCCCUCAGUGCAGAAUUACUACGGUGUUCUUUUGUUUGUAACGGCGUGGACAAUCACAGAAAUUAUCCGAUACUCCUUCUAUUUCUUCUCUCUGCUGGGAGGCGUUCCAUAUUUCAUUGUGUGGUGUCGGUACACAUUCUUCAUUGUUCUGUACCCUCUAGGAGUAACCGGAGAAUUGAUAACCGUCUACAGUAGUCUUCGGGAGGUGGAGGAGAAGAAGCUGUAUUACUUCCCACUGCCUAAUGCUGCCAACAUGUCAUUCAACUACUUCUACUUCCUGAUAUUCUUCAUGAUUAUGUAUAUUCCAAUUUUUCCCCAGUUGUACACUCACAUGUUGGCACAGCGAAGAAAAGUCAUAGGAAACAUUGACAAACCCAAGUCCCAGUGAACAUAUGAUCAGGAGUAUGUGUAAACUGUAAGAAUGCAUGUACAUAUGUACACCAGGUGUGCAGGAAAUGAUUGGUACCUAUUUUCAGACUGAGUCCACAUGAAAUUACAUAAUUAUUUUUAUAGUGAAAACAUUGAAAACUUGAUGUAGUAGUUUGUUUUUUUAUACGAGUGAAAAAUAUUGUUAAAUGGGAAUGCAAGUAUUGUGGCCCCAUGCUCCAGACUGGUAUCAUGAAACAAUGAAUUGACGUGAAGCUGAAUAUAAUGUCUAUUGUAAUUUGCCAAGUCAGAGCUGGUUGAAGUUUUUUUGUGACAAACUGAUGAAUGGAUGAAUAAAGUGAUACAAGAAA